ACAUCACACUCCGGCCGCCAUGACACUAGAGGCAAACUAGAACGCACUGCCCUGUGCCCAUGGACGACAGGAGAGGACGGGGUUGAGAGGCGGAAUGGCCUCCUCGGUGGUCAGAGCCACGGUCCGGGCCGUGAGCAAGAGGAAGAUACAGGCCACCCGGGCCGCCCUUACUCUGACUCCGUCAGCUGUACAUAAGAUAAAACAGCUUCUUAAAGAUAAACCUGAUCAUGUAGGUGUGAAAGUUGGAGUCCGUACAAGGGGGUGUAAUGGACUUUCAUACACGUUAGACUAUACAAAAACAAAAGGCGACUCCGAUGAAGAAGUAGUUCAAGAUGGAGUCAGAGUGUUUAUUGAAAAGAAAGCACAGCUGACACUUCUAGGAACUGAAAUGGACUAUGUAGAAGACAAACUAUCCAGUGAAUUUGUUUUCAAUAAUCCAAACAUCAAAGGAACCUGUGGCUGUGGAGAAAGCUUUAACAUUUGAAAUCUCAGGACUAUUACCUUGGCUUUUAACACCAUGAAACACUUCUUCAUCAGUGUGACUUUCUAAAGCUGUCACAUUUCUUUCAGGUUUUUAGGCUAUGUAACGUGUGGCUGCAUUUCAAGGAAAAUAAAGCGAAUGCAUUUUGGAAAUGUAACCUGUGUGUUAAAUUUCAGCACUGGUGUAUUUAUGCAGUAAUUUGGGGUGAAUUGGGCUCUAGACAGUAAGAACAGCGAGGGGCAGUAGCACUUCUGUGUUUUCAUAUGUGAUGGGAAAUAAAUCUCAAUAUUUCUCCUUUUCUUGUCAUUUCCCUCUCCUUCACCCCUACCAGCCCCCCAAAAAGUGUUCUGUAAGAACACACUCCAUGUGCAUUCUGCUUUAAUUAGAAGAAAAUGGUAGGGCUGUAUAUAUAUGAAUAGGUUUCAGAAUUAACUUAUACUCAUUUAAAAAGAACACACACACAAAAGAAGGUAUGUAUCUGCCAGACGUUUCCAAUGUCUUCACCCCUUGAUGCUUUGAUUAUGGAUUUAGUGGUGAUCUGUUUGCAAAGAAAAAUUAAUAAGCUCUAAGAGGGAGGAAAUCCUGCCUUCUAGUGCGAAAAUUUUCAUAUGUUAUGUCAGCAACUGUGGCUACAUUUUGGAAUGGGCUAAUUCAAGUCUCCAAAGUUAUGCUCACCCUUUCAUUUUGAGUUAUCUUAGUGCCUAUAUAAAUGUUUGUGCUUGCUACAAGGAAAGGAAAUCUCUUUGUUGCAGCCACUAAGACAAGUAGUGUGGUGUUCCAGAAUAAUGCAACAUCUUCAACCAGUUGAAUGUUAAGGCAGAAUGUGCACAGGCCUCCUUUUCCCACAUCCCAUGUAGCUGUCUUUUCCCCCAGUUGACCAAGACAGCAAAAUUCCUAAACUGCUUCCAACCCAGUACAUGUAUGUAUUCCCCCUAUGCUGUCUGGUCACCCAACAAGGAAAUUAUUUUAUGAUGGUGGAAGGAAUUUUGUCACUUUCCUGUCGUCAUACUCACGACUUACUUUCUGUCACAGCUGAAACCUCAUUGGUAACUUGAGUAGAUGUUAGGUUUUCCCUGGUAAGGUUGACUCUAAAUUCUGCUCAACAGUUGUUUGAGAUGAAGGUAACUUUGUAAAAGGAAAAUUCCACUGUAGUUUAAAAAAACAGUUCAGAAUCUUUGACUUAUAUAAAAUCAAUGAAAUUAGCUUUUUAGUUAAACUGACACCAGGCAUUAAUUUAAGGGAAGACAAAACUUAUUGCUUGGAAGAAGCCAUUUGCUUUGAUAGAAAGAAACUAGUUUUAUCUCCCUCUCGCACAUUAAGAUCCUUCUGGCUACACACCAAUCUUCCCAACAUGUAUCAUUCUUCAGCACCUCCUCCCCAACUACUCAGGUAUCGGUAAAUAUCUCUCCAGGCUUUCUGGAAAGCCAGAGUAAUUUAAGUGGCCACGUAUGCACCAAGCCACUCACUUGUGCAGCUUGCAGGAGGAGUAGAGAGGGGAAGAAGCUAUUGUUACUAGAGUAGUUGAGCUGAAAGUUGGGGGGGAGGGGAGGAGAUGGAGGUGGAAGGGAGCUCACAAGGAAUACCUGAAUGCUGGCUUUAAAUAAGGAAGGAGUUGGAGUGGGGGAAGGAGAUGGAACUGAAUAAGGCAUAAAACCUGGAGAUUUACUAUCCAGGGGUGGAUUCAUUCUGGAGAGCUGUUUAUUGGUACUUGAGAGGGAGAACUGUGGACUGUUACCUGUUGAGGGAGUGGGAAUGCAGCUAGAACUGGUUGAGGGAGGAGGAGAUAAAUCUAUGGCAUCCUCCCUGCUGUAGUCAGCACAGCCCACAAGAAUAGAGGGUUGAAGCUUCCACGUGUAUUGCUUAAUUAAUAUUCAUACUUGAAUUUUAAUUAUUUUGUAAUGUAUGCAAUUUUGAUGUAAAAACACUGGAGUUUUCCUUUAUCAGCUGUCAUACACAAAUAGUUGCUUUAUUAUAUAUAGUAGUUAUAGAACAGUAACAAAGUAUAUAGGGAAACCAUGACAACAGGCUCAGUAGAUUUGAAUUUCUAAUGCCACAGUCCUCCAUUCCUGCCAAAAAAAAUCAAGUCUGUGUGGCAUUGUAGAGCUAAUGUCUAAAAUAGUCCCAAUGAUCGACUAAUUCUCUCAUUUGUAAAUCUAUUCCUUACAUUCUUUUUUUUUUUUUUUUUUUUAAUUUCCAGUUACAGGUGGUUGGUAAAAGUGCUAUCCCUGUAUUCACUCUAACUCUGUUCUUGAGGGCUUUUGCAUAUUCAUGGGUUCGUGUAUAUGCUCUGUUAGUGAAAGUUUAUACUUUCAUAUUUUGUGAAAUAGUCUCUGAAGAGAGUUGUCAUAUUUACUAAAGCACCUAACGCACAAUCUAUUAAAGUACAUUUAUGUAAAUGCUAGUAACUUAUGUAUGAAUAUAGUUUUGUUAAUCAGUCCAUCUAUAACGUGUGCAAUACUGUAUGUAGAGUUCUCAGCUGUAAUAAAUAACUGCCUGUUGAUAACAUUAAAUACUCUUGUUUUGCACAGCUGUAAAAAAUGAGCACUUCAGGCUCAUACAAGUAGCUCAGUUAUAGCAUAACACUGUAUGGCUUGUAAAAUGAUAUUCACUGAGGAAUAUUCACUUCAUGUUUUCAAAGUACUAAUAACAUUGGAAAAAUACAGUAGGUAUGUAAUAAGAAUGUCAGUUUUAAGUAUAAAAAUGAAAAUAUUUUGCUAGUCUGAGAAUAUACA